CUCCUUCCCUUCUCAUCCCUUCCUUUUCCUUCUUCCAUUAAAAUCUUUUCUCACUCCUUACAUCCUUUGAACCAAACCAACUCUAAAGAAAUGUGUAGACAAAAAAUAAAAAAAGAUAUCCAUGCAUAAAAUCCACAUAUAGGUCCCCUCGCUACUCAUAUAUAGGAUGACCUACAGUUCACUUUGAUCCAAUCCUUAUCCAAAUAAUGGAAGAGAUUCGGCAGGAAAAUUGGUCCUCCGAUAUGGAAAUGGAUGAUCAUGAGGUGAAUGAAUGUUUGUGCCACGCGAACCCCUUUGAUGAAGAGUUCCUGAGAGAGAUUCUGCCGCAGCCACAAGAGGCCCUUGUUACUACGCCAACCUCAUCUCAAUAUGCUGAAGAUCACAAGCCAAUUACCUCAUCUGCAACCACUUAUAUUCUGUCUUUCGAAAAAUCCGCUGCAUUGUUACCAGCUGAUCCAGAUUCUUGCUCUGCAUGGAAAGAGAACUCGCAAUCCCAAUUGCUCAAAGAAAUCUUGCCCUUGCCCUCAUCGAGGGUCAACCAAGGAACCAAGAAGACUCGAAGCGCUUCUGAGUCAUUAGAUCACCUAAUGUCUGAGAGAAAUAGGAGACAGGAGCUCACAAGGAAGUUCAUAGCACUUGCAGCCACUAUCCCUGGCUUGAAGAAGAUGGACAAGGCCCACGUACUAAGAGAAGCAAUCAAUUACGUGAAACAACUUCAAGAACGUGUAGACGAGUUAGAAGAAGAUAUUCAGAAGAAUGAUGUUGAAUCAGCGAUAACCAUAACAAAAUCUCAUCUUUGCGUUGAUGAUAAAUGCAAUGAUUUAGCACUUGUUGAAGUUGAAGCCAGAGUCUUGGGGAAGGAGGUGUUAAUCAAAAUUCACUGUGCCAAACAAAAGGGAGUUUUGCUUAAAAUAAUGUCUCAGCUUGAACGCCUUCAUCUCUACAUAUCCACUAGCAAUGUCUUGCCAUUUGGGAAUACCCUUGACAUCACCAUUAUUGCUCAGAUGGGUGAGAAAUACAAGUUGGUAAUGAAGGAUCUAGUGAAAGAAUUGAGACAAGUGGCUAUGAAUGAGGCCAUGUGAUGCGAGCUAGCGUAUCAACAUGUCCAUGAAUUUUAUGAUGAGGUCAUGUUAGUUUAAGGAAUUGAUAAUGAGAUUUUAUUAUAAUUAAAGCCCUUUCUACUCAA